AUGACAAAUUGUCAUGUUAUGGAUGAUGAUGAUGAUGAUGGUGAUAAUAAUCAAGAUAAUAUAUCUGAUGACAUGUUUGAUAUAGCAGAUCUUGAUAUAUUCGAUGAUCUAUUCGAUAUAUUUCUCGGCUCCGAUGAUGAUGAUGAUGAUAUGGUACCUCUCGAGAUGGAUGUAACAACAGCGCUUAGCGUAUCGUUAGCAUCAAUCAUAAACAAUCAACAACCUGAAUUAACAGUGGAAUUCGGUGAUUUUAUCCAAGAUUAUUUUAAUUCAUCAUUACUUUUUCACUCUAUAGCAUCAUCUUCACUGCUUAAUUUGCCACCCGAGAAUGCAGAUACAUUAGCAGCUAAUGCUCUGUUCGGUACAUUCGAAUUGUAUGUUAAAAAUAUACCAAAAUACUCAAAAGAAAUGGAAUUAAUAGAUUUUUUUAUUCAACUUGGUUACAAAGAUAUAAGAAAGUUUACCUUGAAGACACCAUCGCGUGCUUCGUGGUUUGGAUUUGCUGAAUUCAGUACGUCUCAAACGGCAGAACAUGUUCUGUUUGAUUAUAAAAACAAUCCAUCAAAAUUUAAUUUUAAAUCUGUUGUUUUAUUUGUCAACCGUGCAAACAAACCAAAAAAGCAGCCAAAGCGAUCAAUGGAAAAUGAUGAAGAAACAGAACUCUUAUUUCCUAUUCAUAAUAUUCAAUAUGGUACGUUAAUUACUGGCCCAGCGACAAAGAAUAUAAUUGAUAGUAACCAAAAUCACGCGUCUUUCGAUCAUGGAUGUAUAAUUUCAUCGCUGCUUGCACAGAAUGAUGAUAGACUAUCAUACUUUAAAAUAGAUCAAAAUGGAAAAAAAUUUUCAAUUAUUAUUAAACGUUCGUUUGAUGAAAUACAUUUUCAAUGGAGUUUUCGUGAUUUAAAGGGUGAACGGAUUGCGCCUGUGUAUACUUGUCACAUCAUACAUGGAUCGAAUGUGGUCUACGAUCAAGUCAUUGAUCCAUAUGUCUAUUUACUUGUCGAAAUUAAACGUCCGCCCGUUAUUUCGUAUGUUGGCCAUGAUGAAAUACGUUUAAGAGGCAAUUUAUUAAUUGGUCAAUCGAAUGUAUGGCUAUUUCAACUUGGAGAACUGAAUAUUGAAAGCACACAACGAAAUUUAGCUACAUGUUAUAUUGAUAUGUUUACUACAUUAGCUCGCUAUUCUUUGUGUAAACACCCAUUUGAUCAACAUAAUAUACAAUUCUUAAUUUCAUCACGACACGCACCAACAAAAUUGAAAAAUGUGUUAUUAUUAUCGAAUGAAAAAUGGGUAAAUGAUCAUCGAACUUUUUAUGAUAAUUUUAUACAUAAACGGUGGUCAAGUUACAAUUUUGAAAUUAAAUUUGAAUUAAUGAAAUUAAUUUCUAAACAUAUUAUUACAGCGCAUGAUCUUAUCGUUGAUGAAACGUUAGAAAAUAUUUUGUCAAGAUUAUCAAGGAACACUUUUAUUGCAUGUACAGAUAAAAUUGGAGAAUUGGCAUUUCGAUGGAAAAGUUCGUAUGAAAACAAUGAUGACGAAGAGGAAGACGAAGAGGAAGUAGAACAGCCAUCUCAUAAAACACAACACAAGGUUCCAUCUGUAACGGUAAAAUCAACAUGGAACGAUAUCAUCGAUAGCUCGUCUACACAUUGCAUACCGAUUAAGAAUAAGAAGAUGACAGUCAGCAGGGUUAUUAAACAAGUAAAAAAUCAACGUAUAGGCGCUCUUAGUCGUCUGUUGUUAUUAGCUAUAAAUGAACUUAAAAACAAACGUGAAUUAUGUAAAACAACAAAAAACUUUUAUGUGACAAAACAUGAACUAAAGACACUAGAUAUUGAAUCGUAUCUCAUAAGAAAAAUAUAUGUUACACCGUGUAGGAUAUUAUAUGAAGGUCCAUAUAGAGAAGAGAAAAAUAGUGUUACACGAUAUUUUGAUGAUGUACAACAUGGUUUUAUACGUAUUAGUUUUCGUGAUGAAGAUUACCGAAAAUUGUCAAAUGGUAACGAAAAUAUGACUAAAUUGUAUGAAUAUAUCGAGCAAGUUAUGUAUAAUGGCAUCAGUAUUUGCGACCGAAAAUAUGAGUUUCUGGCGUUUUCCAGUAGUCAAUUGCGUGAUCAUUCAGCAUGGAUGUUUGCGAAAAAUACUUAUUCAUCUAAAAGAAAUGAAUAUAUAAAUGCAACUAGUAUUCGACAAUGGAUGGGUCAUUUUGGUAAUAUUAGACCGGUAUCAAAAUAUGCAGCAAGACUAGGACAAAGUUUUUCCACUACUGUUCAAGGUACCGAAGUCGAAAAAUAUUCAUGGACAAUGGAGAAGGAUGUUUUUACACCGUCCAAACACUGUUUCACGGAUGGAAUCGGGAUAGUAUCGAAACAAUUAUGUGAAAAACUUUCAAAACAGCUAAAGUUAGAACAUCCAGCAUGUGCAUUUCAAAUACGAUUUGGCGGCUCAAAGGGAAUGAUAUGUUUGGAUGUUGCAAAUAAAAUUCGUGAUCCUACUAUAGAAUUAUUCAUUCGUCCUUCGAUGGAAAAAUUUAUAUCAUUAAAUAAAUCUAUCAAUAUUGUGCGUUCGUCAUCAUCAUCAUCACCAGCAUUUUUAAAUCGUCAAAUAAUUUUAUUAUUAAGUUCGUUAGGUAUCGCAAACACCGUAUUUCUUAAUAUGCAAAAUGAAAUAUUAAGAAAAAUAAUAAAUAUUACAGAAAAUUCAAUAGGUGCACGAGAAUUGCUAAAAGAAUUGAUAGAUGCUGGUUCAAAAAAUUUUUGUCAUAUGUUUAUGUUUGAUUGUUUAAAACGUUUUGGAACAAAAAUCGAUCCAUUAUUAAGACAAAUGCUUUUAUGUUUUCAAGCGUUUCUAGUCAAAGAAUUACGAACAAAAGCACGUAUACUUGUUAAACAUGGAGCAUGUUUACUUGGUGUUAUUGAUGAAACACGUACAUUAAAAUAUGGACAAGUGUUUAUACAAAUUGAACAAUAUGAAAAGCCUGCAAUUAUUAUACAAAAACCCGUAAUUGUAACAAAAAAUCCCUGUUUUCAUCCGGGAGAUAUUCGUUUAUUGGAUGCGAUCGAUGUUCCCAAAUUACAUCAACUCACAAAUGUUAUCGUUUUUCCAAUGGAUGGUGAUCGCCCGCUUACAUUGGAAAUAUCUGGCUCAGAUUUAGAUGGCGAUGUUUAUUUUGUCUCUUGGGACAAACGUUUGAUAUUCUCAUCAAAUGAGUCACCGUUAGACUAUCACGAUCAAGCUCUUGAAGCAGAAAAACAGGCAUUAUCCGAUCCAAAUCAAACAAUAUCGAUCGAAAAUGUUUGUAAAUUUUUCUCUGAAUAUAUUGAAGCAGAUAAUCUUGGCUUAAUAGCCAACCGUCAUUUGGCAUUUGCUGAUCAAUUACCACUCCAGGCAAAAAAUGAUAAAUGUAUUCAACUAGCUAAAAUGCACUCGAUUGCGGUCGAUUUUGCUAAAAAUGGUGUAUGUGCACCGAAAUUAACCAGAGAUCUGAAACCAGUAGAAUAUCCACAUUUUAUGGAAAAGAACGAUAAACCACACUAUAUAUCGAAAAAUAUUCUGGGACAAUUAUACGAUCAAGUACAAACACAUCAAUGUGAAUUAAAUGAAGAAAAUGAUUAUAAUAACUAUACUGCUCUUAAUUUGAUUCCAUAUGAAAAAUUUGUACUUAAUGGUAAAGAUGAUUAUUUAGAAGAUGCAGAGUUUAUAAAACAAGGAUAUGAUCGCGAACUAAGACAAAUAAUGAGACAAUACGGUAUAAAACGUGAAAGUGAAUUGAUCAGUGGCUAUAUUCUUAAACUAAUGAAUAAAAAAUAUAGUAAAGAAUCAAGAAUGUAUGAAUUACGUCAAGAAAUUAAUUAUAGUGUAAGAUUUAUACGUGAAAAAUAUAUAAAAAUAUUUUGGAAUGAAUUUUAUUAUCCAAAACAUGAUGAAAAUGAACAACAACAUGAUAUGAAAUUUGAAGAAAAUUAUCAAAAAAUUAUGCAAAAAUUAACGUGGAAAAAUCAGUUAGAUUUAGCAAAAUUAUACAAUAUAACUGGUGAUAAAAAUAACAGUAUUGAUGAUGAAAUAUAUAAAAAAGCAUCGGCAUGGUUUUACGUUACUUAUGAAAAACAAAUUAAACGAAACAGAAAAACGAAAGAAAAACAACAUUUUGACAAUAAACGAAAGGAUCUAUUCAGCUUUUGCUGGGUGGUGUAUCCUGUCUUGCUACAAAUAUUCGAUUAUAAUAAUAAUCAAAUGAAAAAAUAA